AUGUCUCUGGAGGAAUCACUCGUUAUGAACCAAGAGGACAGCAGAGUUCUGGUUCUCAAUGUCUCCACAGGGCAGCAGCACCUCUACGACAUCUGGCUCCCUGGUGUCUCAAUCGCUGCCGUCUACGGGAUCAUCAUUAUCGUGGGUCUAGUGGGGAAUGUCACGUUAAUGAGGACGUGUCUGCUGGUGAAGUCCAUGCGCACGGUGCCCAACCUGUUCCUGUCCAGUCUGGCUCUGGGGGACGUGCUGCUGCUGCUGACCUGCGCCCCGGUGGACGCCAGCCGCUACCUGGUGGACGAGUGGCUCUUCGGCCGCGUCGGUUGCAAACUGAUCCCGUUCAUCCAGCUCACCUCGGUGGGAGUCUCCGUGUUCACCCUCACUGCUCUCUCCGCUGACCGGUACAAAGCAAUAGUCAGACCUCUGGACAUCCACAGGUCCAGCGCUACACUCAGUUUCUGUUUUCGAGCGGGGGCCAUCUGGCUGCUCUCUGUGACUCUGGCAAUUCCUGAAGCUGUCUUCUCCGACCUGCACACCUUCACCACCAGCCACACCAAUGAGACAUUUGUGACCUGUGCGCCCUACCCCCACGCCGGGGAGCUGCACCCGAAAAUACACUCCACCGCCUCCUUCUUCAUCUUCUACAUCAUCCCGCUCUUCGUCAUAUCUGUUUACUACUUCUUCAUCGCUCGCAGUCUGAUCAGGAGCUCUGUGAACAUCCCUGCUGAAGGACACCUGCACCUCCGGAAACAGAUCAAGUCCAGGAAGCGUCUGGCCAAAACUGUGCUGGUGUUUGUCGGUUUGUUUGCCGUCUGCUGGCUGCCCAGUCAUGUGAUCUACCUGUACCGCUCCUACCACUACGACCAGGUGGACACUUCGCUGGGCCACUUCAUCGCCAGCGUGUGCGCCCGCAUAUUGGCCUUCACCAACUCCUGUGUGAACCCGUUUGCCCUCUACCUGAUGAGCAAAAGCUUCAGCAAACACUUCAACAAGCAGCUUCUGUGCUGCACUUCUCCCAGACGCUUAUACAGUCAGAGCAGUGGGAGCACAAACAUAACCACUGUCUGA